CUUGAUUGAUAACCUACGGAGCAUUAUAUGGAUGAAGGAAAUAUCCGACGAUCAAAAAUCCCUUCCAUUUGGCUUCUUCCUUGAGAUCUCUUGUUUCUUCCAUUCCAUUCUAGGGUUUUAGCAGCCAGCGUUGAGUUGAGUUCCCCUCUUCUUCUUCUUCUUCUUCUUGCAUUCGCGUCGCGUGAGAUCAAGCAGGAUCCUCUUCCUCCCCACGGACCCGAUUUCCCUCGGAUGAAUGGAUUCCAGGGAUUCCUGCUACUACAUCCACCACCGGCCCAGCCCCAGCCUCAGACCCCCCGCCACCGCCCAACAACCGCCGACCGCCGCCUUUGAUGACUACCGGCACCAUGUCGAUGCCUCCCCCGCCUUCUCCUUCCAGAUGCUCCAGGACCAAGAGCCCAUGUCGCAACACCACGCCGCCUCCGCCUCCGCCUCCGCAGGCGCCACUGCCGAGGAUCCUAGUGAGCAGGUAAAGAAGAAGCGGGGAAGGCCCCGUAAGUAUAAUCCGCCGCCGGAUGGCCUUUCGCCGCCUUCCUCAUCUGCUUUGGUCAAGGUGCCUGCCACGCCGGGACCGGGGGGCUCUGGAGGCCCUUCCGAGAAGAGAAGAGGACGGCCCCCUGGGUCUGGGAAGAUGCAGCAACUGGCUUCCCUCGGAAAAUGGUUUCUCGGAUCGGUCGGAACAGGUUUUACUCCUCAUGUUAUCAUCAUCCCCUCAGGAGAGGAUAUUGCAGCAAGGAUAAUGUCCUUCUCACAACAAGGCCCAAGGGCAGUCUGCAUCAUGUCAGCAACUGGAGCUGUCUCCACACCAACACUUCAUCAGGAUGCAAGCUCUGGCAGUGCAAUUACAUAUGAGGGACGAUUCGAAAUCCUGUGCCUCUCUGGAUCAUAUCUGGUAAUAGAUGAUGGUGGUUCACGAACUCGAAACGGAGGGCUAUGCAUAGCACUGUGUGGUGCUGAUCAUAGGGUUAUUGGAGGGAGUGUUGGUGGAGUCCUUACUGCAGCUGGCACUGUUCAGGUGAUUGUAGGGAGCUUCAUGUAUGCUGGGUCAAAGAACAAGAAAGGAAAAGCGGAGCAAGAGGCUGAAACUGAGGAGGCCAAUGGCAGUGGUGAGGAAGAGACCCCAUCGUUGAUGACAAUGCCCCAUGAGGACCUAUCAUCUGAUGCAAUGAUGAGUGGAUGGCCUGACAUGAUGAGGCAGAUGGAUUCGAGAUCUUGCAGCAUUGAUAUGAACUCAGUCCGGGAGUAGCCAGGUACGGAUGGCAUGGAUACCCACCGGGUAUUUACCCAAUUAAGGUGAGGGUUUGGGAAUGUUGUACACCCGUGGGUGUGUAAAUGGGAAAUACCUUGUACCCAGUGGGUUUGGAGAAUACCAUACCCUUGUACCUGCCUAUUUAUAUGUUGGUUCUACAUGCAAUAGGAUUUCUGUGAUGUGAUUGUGUGGCUUGUGUCAGCUGUUUGAUCUUGUAAACCUGAACCAUUCUCCAUUGCAUGAUGUUGAUGUACUGUUGUUAUAAAAUCUAUCAUGUAUUGCUGUUGUAAUGGUGGACUAUCAACUAUCUUCAAUUUUGAUGCCUU